CGAGAAAAAAAUAAGCGAUUGAAGGUGGAGCCAAAACCCAGCUGCUAUUCCUUGUCACAUUCUGCAGAACAUGAUAGCCACACAAUUUGUGUGGGAACGAAUUCGGGUCCUCUCUGAAUAAAAACAAGAAGAACAGAUUGUGUUUUGCGAAUCGGGAGAUUUUAAAAACAAGAAGGGCAAGAUAUCUAACAAAUCAAGUCGUCGUGCAUUGGUGGUGUUGCGCGGUGGACAACAUAAGUAGAUAGGCAGGCAGACAGACAGCAGGCUGAUUGUCCCGUUUGAGCUCUUGCCUUGGGCAGACAAUCUUCCUUACUCCAGAGGACGAGUUGGAACUAAAUACGGAAUUCCAUUCGGAUUUAUCUGCAACUGCUCUCUUUUGUCUAUUCUGAUGUGGUUGCAGUGUUAUUGAAAUGGACUGGGACCCCUUUGCGUGAUUUCAGGUAUUCUUGUAAUUUGUAGGGUAGCCUAUAUUGGUUUGGAUCUUGUUUAUUAUUUGAGCAAGGCCAUUGAACUGAUAUGUCUGGCUGAAGUUAUUAAGCUUUUUCGAUUAAAACAAAUAAUUUGGCGAAUUCCAAACAUCAAGUUUGACAUCAUGUUGACCAUUCUUUUGAACGAUGUGUUCAAAUUGAGUGUAGGUGAAUAUUCCAUACAUUUAUUAUAGGUUUGCAUCGGAUUGACUCUACCAACUAGUGGAUCCGAUACCUCAAGUGUGUCUAUGAACGGAUUUAUUCCCUUUCUUAAUCCAUUGCCGUUUUGACCAGUUUGCAGCCUUUCUACUACCUCUGCUGGUAGCAAACUGAAAACCACAAGGCUGCUGCUCCUAUUUUCUUGUGCCCAAGUCAUUGAGCGCAGCAGUCAUUAUUUCUCUCAUCUGACAAUAAUCCUCACGCUUUCUCGCUACAUAUGAUGUAUGAGAGUGUGGACGUCGUGGGACUGAAUCCCAGCCCGAACCCGUUUUUAAUGAUGGAUUACUACAACCAGAGCAGAGGAUGUUUGAUCCCGGAGAAAGGACUUGUGCCUGGAGUGCCCCAUCCCUACAGCUCGUCCAUCAGAAACCAACACUGGAACGGCUCAAAUCACUCUAUAGAGACGCAGAGUACCAGCUCAGAGGAGAUAGUGCCGAGCCCGCCGUCACCCCCUCCUCCCCCGCGGGUCUACAAGCCCUGCUUUGUGUGCCAAGACAAGUCCUCAGGAUACCACUAUGGAGUCAGCGCCUGUGAAGGCUGCAAGGGCUUCUUUCGGAGGAGCAUCCAGAAGAACAUGGUGUACACGUGUCACCGGGAGAAGAACUGCAUCAUCAACAAGGUCACCAGGAACCGCUGCCAGUACUGCCGGCUGCAGAAAUGCCUGGAAGUGGGCAUGUCCAAGGAGUCUCCUCGCUCCAGCUCCAAAGGCGGGAUGGCGUUGGGCCCCCAGCCGCCGCCCCCACCCUUGGAGACCGGGAGAGGACAGACUGGGGCGGACAGGGCAGCUCCCCCGGCGGUGAGGAACGACCGGAACAAGAAGAAGAAGGAUGAGAAGAAGCCGGAGUGCACUGAGAGCUACGUGCUGAGCACUGAGACGGAGCAGAUGAUCAACAGGGUCAGCAAGGCACAUAAGGAGACCUUCCCUUCCCUCUGCCAGCUCGGCAAAUACACUACGAGUAACAGCUCGGAGCGGCGUGUGGCUUUGGACGUGAACCUGUGGGACAAAUUCAGUGAGCUGUCCACCAAGUGUAUCAUCAAGACAGUGGAGUUCGCCAAGCAGCUGCCCGGCUUCACCACGCUCACCAUCGCUGACCAGAUCACCCUGCUCAAGGCCGCCUGUCUGGACAUACUGAUUCUGCGGAUCUGCACGCGCUACACACCGGAGCAGGACACCAUGACGUUCUCAGAUGGCCUGACGCUAAACCGGACCCAGAUGCACAAUGCCGGCUUCGGACCGCUCACCGACCUGGUGUUCGCCUUCGCCAACCAGCUCCUCCCCCUGGAGAUGGACGACGCCGAGACGGGGCUGCUCAGCGCCAUCUGUCUGCUGUGUGGAGAUCGGCAGGACCUGGAGCAGGCGGACAAGGUGGACGUACUACAGGAGCCCCUACUGGAGGCUCUGAAGAUCUACGUGAGGAAGAGGAGGCCUCACAAACCACACAUGUUUCCCAAGAUGCUGAUGAAGAUCACCGACCUGAGGAGCAUCAGUGCCAAAGGAGCCGAGCGUGUCAUCACCCUGAAGAUGGAGAUCCCGGGCUCCAUGCCCCCUCUCAUCCAGGAGAUGCUAGAGAAUUCUGAGGGUCUGGAGAGUGGGGCCACAGGCUCCCGGACCAGUGGGGCCCUCCCAGGCAGCUGCAGCCCCAGCCUAUCCCCAAGUUCCGCCCAAAGCAGCCCCAGCCCCACCACGCAGUCACCGUAGCAAGCCGCCCUCUUUUUCGCUCAUCCCCCUCUUUCUCCCUGUGGUUGGGGGUUCCUCAAUGGACACAGAGACUGGCGUGUUCUUGAGUGUUCCUCCCUAUGUGCUCCACCCCCUCAAAGACACUGUCGGGAAAAUGGCGGACGGGCGGUGGUGGGAUUUCUCCGUUUUCUGGAACACUGCUGAUAUCUCCUCUGUCCCUCACCCUUCUCUCUCUCUCUCUAUCUCUCUCUCUCUAUCUCUCUAUCUGAAAGACUGAGGGAAGGAAUCGAGCAGGCAGAGCUGUGGACACUGGUCCACUCAGAGGGGCUGGCGGGAAAGGGGGGAACAGACAGACAAAUGGACAGGACAAGCGGACAGACUAACACCAGACACUUUUCUCGUUUCUCCAUGGCGGACUGCAGGCAUGGACUUGUCGAAGAAGAACCCACAUAAAAAGACUGGGUCAUUCUCCUUUUCCAUCUUUGAAAAACAGAUUUCGUACAAAAUAUAUAUAAAUAUAUAUAGAAAAGUAAGGAACUGUUGUGAUUGAAUUCUUCUUGAUGGAAUAACAGGUUGAGGAGAAAAACUACUUUUUUGUGUGUUUUAAAUUGUUUUAUACCCAUGAGGGUAUCAAAAGAGAAUUGUUCCAUUGUUUUAUCACAUACUGAUGAUGUUUUAAUUAACAAAAGUAAAGAAGUUAAAAUUACUUUUUCAAUUUAAAGACAUACACACGCAAAUGUGCACAGAAAAGAGUUGCGAUAAAUCUCGAACUAUUCCAGGUUGGGUUUGCUUUUUCUCUCCUUUUUCUUUUCUGCUGCAAAAGAGAAUGGAAAAGAAAUGAUUGUAUGAGCUUGGAUGUAUGAUAUGGUCACAGGUCCUUCAAGAAAUCAAAUGAAUGAAGUUAAGGUGUAUUUUAAGUAGCCUUUGAGUUCAUGUAUAUAAGCUGUAUUCAUUUCUUUAAAAAAAACAAAAAACUACGGAUACCUUUUACGUGUUUUGUUCAUAGGUUUCUGUUUCAAGAAAAAUAUAUUUUAAGCACAUUUUCCUGAAGGAAACGCAUCUGUUUGUCCCUUUAAAUGAGGGACAGGUCCAUAGAAAUCACUAUGGUUCUUAAAAACAGCAGCCACAAUUUAGUUCACUCUUACAACAUAGAUUUCCAUGAAUACGAAAAAGAAAACCAAAGCACUCAUAUUGGGGCUUUUUGGUGAUUGGAUUUGGGGAGUUGGAGGGUUGAGAGCCAGGCGCUGGGUUCAUCCAGCUAGGCACAGAGACUAGACACAGCAUGGUUCCCAAAUGGAUUACAAUGUGAAGGAUGGAGUACAGUACACACAUUUUCCCCAAAAAAAGAAUAUGGGGGAGGGUAACUUGAGUGAUCUAGUGUUCCCUAUUGAUGGUGAAGAAAGUUGGCCUUGUUGACUAUGCUCUCACUACUACACCAACAACCUGGGUCGUAUUCAUUAGGCAUGAAAAAUAAAAAAUAAGUGAUUGACACAGGGAGAGUCUACCCUCCCCCCCUUGUAAAAUGCUUUGCAGUGUGCACUAAUGAAUGUGACCCCGUUUUGGGAAACGGGACCUUUGACCUUUUGCCUCAGAGCAAUACCACCUGUGAUUCUUCAUAGAAGCCCAACAUCACCACUGAGCCUAGUUUUUUAUUCUCACACGCAGCUCGCUCAAACAUUCAUCACUGUACACAAACACAUACCGAUGUCUCAGGAAAGAAUCAUUCUAUAUGCUUUGCUUGUUCUUUGUAAGAGUUUCCACUGUGCUGCACACCAACGCUAAUCACACACACUGACACACAUAUGCAUGCUACUGAAUUCUACAACUCUACAAUCACUCGUCUCUGCUAGGCCAGUACUUUGCAGAGAGACUGGUCUGAACAACAAGAGCUAUGAAGAGGAUGUCAAUAUGGAUUCUGUUGGAAUCAUAAAUGUGUUCCUUUUUUUUUUCAUUUUCUUUAUUUGUACGGUCAAAGCUGCUUUUUUUUUACCCUCAAUUUUUCACCUGUCCACAACCGCGCACAAGCCUCUCCCCAGCGAAUCUGGAUUAGCAACACAAACCCCUCGAUUUGAGAAGAAUGGAAUAUGUUGCAAUUUUUUUCAAAAUUCAUCAGGCAACUUAAAAUAAAAACAUUUCAUAAUAGUG